AUGGCCGGCCGCCUCGGCCGCGGGAUGUGCUGGGGCAAGCGGGGCCGGGGCUGCCGGGGCGAGGGCGCGCUGCUCGCCCUGGGGCUGCUGGCCGCCCUCGGCUUCCUCGUGUGGCGGCACGGCCCUCCGCCCCGCCACGCCGCCCGCCGCGCCCCGCCGCAGCCGCCGUCCCCCGACUCCGAGCUGCUGCGGCGGCCGGUGUACGCCAAGCCGGCCCUGGACCCGGGGGCGCUGGGGGAGCUGGGCCGGGCGGUGCGGCUGGAGCUGAGCCCGGCCGAGAAGCGCCGCCAGGAGGAGAGCAUCCGCCGGCACCAGAUCAACAUCUACCUGAGCGACCGCAUCUCGCUGCACCGCCGCCUGCCCGAGCGCUGGCACCCGCUAUGCAGAGAGAAGAAAUAUGAUUAUUAUAGCCUUCCAAAAACCUCUGUUGUGAUAGCUUUUUAUAAUGAGGCUUGGUCAACGCUUCUACGAACUGUUCACAGUGUUCUUGAGACAUCUCCCGAUAUACUUUUGGAAGAAAUUAUCCUUGUAGAUGAUUACAGUGACAAAGAACAUUUAAAGGAAACUUUGGAAAACUACGUGGCUGGCCUGCGCAAGGUGCGUCUCAUCCGGGCAAAUAAGCGAGAGGGGCUGGUUCGAGCCCGGCUGCUGGGGGCGUCUGUGGCAAAAGGAGAUAUCCUGACGUUCCUGGACUGCCACUGUGAAUGCCAUGAGGGCUGGCUGGAGCCUCUGCUGGCAAGGAUUGCUGAAGAAGAAACAGCUGUCGUCUGCCCUGUUAUUGAUGUUAUUGACUGGAAUACAUUUGAGUACUUGGGAAAUGCUGGUGAGCCACAGAUUGGUGGAUUUGAUUGGCGGCUGGUCUUCACUUGGCAUAGUACCCCUGAAAGAGAACAAAAACGGAGGAAGUCCAAGACCGACGUGAUCAGGUCUCCAACCAUGGCAGGUGGAUUAUUUUCUGUGAGCAAGAAGUAUUUUGAUUAUCUUGGUUCCUAUGACACAGGAAUGGAAGUCUGGGGAGGAGAAAACCUUGAAUUCUCAUUUAGGAUAUGGCAGUGUGGAGGAAGUCUUGAGAUCCAUCCCUGCUCCCAUGUAGGUCACGUUUUCCCCAAACAAGCUCCGUACUCACGGUCCAAAGCUUUGGCAAACAGUGUGCGUGCAGCUGAAGUGUGGAUGGAUGAAUAUAAACAACUUUAUUACCACCGAAACCCACAUGCUCGCCUGGAACCAUAUGGAGAUGUGACAGAAAGGAGACUUCUACGAGAGAAGCUGAAAUGUAAGGACUUUAAAUGGUUUUUGGAGAACGUGUAUCCAGAACUUCACGUACCCGAGGACAGACCAGGCUUCUUUGGAAUGCUGAAGAAUAGAGGAAUGGAAAACUUCUGCUUUGAUUAUAACCCUACAAAUGAACAUCAAGUAACUGGACAGAGGGUCAUACUCUACCCAUGCCAUGGCAUGGGACAAAAUCAGUUUUUCGAGUACACGUCCCAUAAUGAAAUACGUUACAACACGCGACAACCGGAAGUCUGCGCAGCAGUCGAUUCAGGGACUGACUACUUGACAAUGUACUUGUGUCAAGAAAAUGCACAGAGUGUUCCUGAAAACCAGAAGUUUAUUUUCAGAGAGGAUGGUACCUUGUUUCACCCACAAACCCAGAAGUGCAUACAAGCCGAGGGAAACGCUUACAAUGGGAACCCAGCACCGUUGCUAUGACCUUGUACCAACUCGGACUACCAAAAAUGGUUCUUCAAAGAAAGAAGUUGAUCCAGAUGUUG